AUGUCUGUGGCGCCUCCGAGUCGCUCUUCCGCCGGCUGGCCCCGCGGAGGAGCCGCUCAGUUUGGAAACAAAUACAUGAGCAGCAGCGGCCCCACGAAGCCGCUCACACUGGAGAGGACCAUUAACCUCUACCCCCUGACCAACUACACGUUUGGCACCAAAGAACCGUUGUAUGAAAAAGAUGGUUCUGUGGCUGCCAGGUUUCAACGAAUGCGAGAAGAGUUUGAUAAAAUGGGGAUGAGGAGAACAGUGGAAGGAGUGCUGAUCGUGCAUGAACACAGACUGCCCCAUGUCCUACUUCUGCAACUGGGCACCACCUUUUUCAAAUUACCUGGUGGAGAGUUAAAUGCUGGAGAGGAUGAAGUAGAGGGUUUGAAACGCUUGAUGACAGAGAUCCUCGGCAGACAGGAUGGUGUCAAGCAAGACUGGGUCAUUGACGACUGCAUUGGCAAUUGGUGGCGCCCCAACUUUGAGCCUCCGCAGUAUCCCUACAUUCCGGCUCACAUUACUAAGCCAAAAGAGCACAAGAAGCUAUUCUUGGUUCAGUUACAGGAAAAAGCCUUGUUUGCUGUGCCCAAAAACUACAAACUCGUAGCAGCGCCAUUAUUUGAAUUGUAUGACAAUGCGCCUGGAUACGGACCAAUAAUCUCCAGUUUACCUCAGCUCUUGAGCAGGUUCAACUUUAUCUACAACUAA